AGGGGUGGCGGCGGGGAGCGGAGCGGGAACUCGGCCGCGGGGAGCGGGGCGCAGCGCGGCCGGGGCGGGUCCCUGUGCCCUGCCCGCUGGUGUGGUUCUCCGGGGCCCUCAGACCUGCCGCCCCUGGGGCGGCGGUGGGGCCCUCAGGGCUCAGCCCGCUCUCCGGGCCGGGCAAGAGAAGAGGAGCUCGGUUUCCUGAGGUAGAUGUUUUUGCCUCAGCCGCGCUCUCCAGAGGAAGCUGUCUGUUUGAAGCUUUUAUUGAAGUUGAUAACAAACCGCUGAUGUGAAUACAAAUAAGGCGUGCACCAAGGAUUCUUUUGGUCUCUGCUUCCCCUCAAGCUCUGUCAAGUUAUCAUCAAACACCACCAAUCUCAAGUUUUUGGAUAGAGGUUAUUCUUAGUCUCUCUUGCUUACUGUUGGACUUCGACAGACCUAAUCUGUGAAGAUAAUUAAAGUUCCUUUGCUCUGAAUGCUACUUCUCACAGGAGCAGACUUGCCUGCUUCAAACCCUGUAAAUGUAGAAGUGUGGCUUCUGGAGCAUCUGGGAUAAUACCCCCAUAGGACAUGGAAUCCAGCAAUUGUAUCUGAUAUAUAUGUUUAAUCUGCUGUAUGAAUCCUGUUGAAGUCAUAGCAUUCAGAGCCCUGGGCUGCCAUUUCUGAAUUCCUGUCUUGGACAAUUAACAAAAAUCUAUGUUGUAGGUGAAGAGUUUGUUUUUGGAUGCUUGGAUUUACAUUUUCAAGAAGGACAAAUAAUUUUGGCACCUUAGCUAAGAAGCUUGAUAAUGGCCCCUCUACCGAAUGCUGAAUUAGUUCAGAAUUCUUUGCAGUUAUAUCGUUACCUGCUUCGAUGCUGUAAGCAACUUCCUGAAGAGAAUAUUCGUCAACAUUACAGACAUGCUGUCAGGCAGAGUUUCAAAGUUCAUGCAGAUGAAGAUGAUCCUGAGAGAAUCCAGCAGAUUAUUAAGAGAGCCAUUGAAGAUGCUGACUGGAUUAUGAAUAAAUAUAAAAAGCAGAAAUAGAAGAAGAAUGAAGAUGACAAGAAUGUCAUUGGUAAACAUCCUUAGAAGACUUGCAGUGAAGCCCAGUACCAUAUUAGAGUUAUCGCCUGGAGUUUUUUCUUAGAUAAUACAAACACAAUAAUAUCUCAUUGGGAUGUAAUAAAGCUAAAUUAAUAUUUCUGAAGCUAUUUGAGUCUGUAGAUUAUAAGGCACAGUCUAGUUUCAAAGUAUUAGCUUGUACUAUCACAAACUUUAGCUUAAAGCCCAAACUUGUCUAAGAUUUGAGUAACACAGAGAGCUUCUCAGGAAAACUUACUCAGAAUAAAAAUGUCAUUAACAAAUAAUAAAUAGUGCCCUUUCUGUUAAUAUCUGAUGAAUUACAGCGUCUCAUCUGAAAGAACUUAACUAGUAUCUGAGCACAGAGGUCUAUACUGGGAGCCUGCAAACCUGAGAAAUGCUCACUGAUGAUCAGAGCAAAUUUCUCUUUACUCAAUUGUGGACUAGAUUAUACUGUUAGGCCUAGAUCCACUGUAGUGUAGCACUGUUUGAUACACUUACUGCAUAGGUUGUUUGGUGGCAAGGUGGUUCUGCAUAAGUAACAGUGGAUUUAAUUUUCUUUGUGUAAGGUUCUGAAUUAGGGUAGUCAGUCUGUUAUGUCAGAUCGUCCUUUGUCAGGACCAUAGAUAAGUUUUCAGAGUGAAGCAGAGUUACAACCAGAGCACAGAUCUGGUUUUAGUCUCAUAGCAGACACAAAAGCAUAGGCUGCUGAGUGGAGAACAUACCCACAAGAACUUUAAGCCCAUCUGAAACUCGAACCACAGUAUUUUCCCCUUGCCAGUUUGUGCUAUGGGCAUAUCUUCAUUCUACUCUGUAGGGUUGCACUUGAAGCAACGGUUGUCUUUCCUUAGUGAGAGAUAGGUGCCUGUCACCCUAAUCUCUCAACUCUCAUGAAAAUGGACACUGUUCAGACAGGCUUUGUGCACUGAAUGGUAUAAUGGCUGAAGUGUGCAAUGUCGUACAGAUAUAAAGGCCUUCACAACUUUUUGCAACAUAUAAUAAAUGUCUUUUAAAAAUGGGAGUCCAUAUCCUCUUUAAAAAAAAAUCUUUUUACUGCCCUAAUAGAUUUUCAUCAGGGAAAACUCAAUAGAAGUACUAGCUAUCUUAAAUAAAAUUAAUUUAGGGAUAAAAAAGUUUCCUUUUGAAACAUCUUUGCUUUUAGCUGCACUUGGAACUUUUUGCCUCCAGGUGGCAGUGCAUGCUGCGAUGCCUAUCCGAAGUCCCAAGUAUUUGGGGGCUGGAUUUUUUACUGUUUCCAAAUUGUUGAGCUACCUCACCUGCCAAAAUAGAACUUAAGUACUAAGACAGAUCUCUCUUAGGCACCAGAUUUUUUCUUUCAUUCAGCCAUGAAAGAAACAAGAAAAUCGUAGCUCAAAGUAGUUGAAAAAUUUGACAAGGACUGUAAAAGAAAUGGGGGCUGUAA